CCACUACCACUACCACCACCAAUAACCAUUAUCACCUCCGGCUGGCACAACCACCACCAUCACCCAUCACCACCAUCAUCAUCACCAUCACCACCGGCACGACCUUAACGACACCCCUCCAACGAAGACGGCGACAAUGUCGCACUACCACGCCCCUUCGACCUCGCGGCACCAGCCUCUCCUCCCCGAAUUCUCCGACCCGGACUUUUCGCCCACCGCACGCUUCAACCCCAAAGCCGUAACGCAAGCCUUUCAAGCGGCGCGCAAUGCCGCACCCAAACCCGCGCAGCACGGCCCGUUCAUCAAUCUCGAUGCCAGCAACAGCACGCUUUUACCACGGCCGGCGCUGCGCGAAGGCGCCUGCCCGGUGUCCAAAAAGCUGAUCACUAUCGCGCGCUACGUCAGCAUCUUCCUGCGGCUUCUGCAGCUGCUCGGCGCAAUGGGGCUCCUAGUGUGCCUCCUGUUCAUCCGCGAGAUCGAGUUCGCCACCGGCUGGAUCUGCCGCGUGCCCCCCGCCGUCGCAGUCGUCCACCUCAUAUACGCCCUCUACCACCUCACCGGCUCCUACCGUCUCAAGACCCCCGGCAGCUCAAAAGUCUACUUCCUCCUGGCCUCGGCGCUCGACGUCGCCCUGAUCAGCUUGUACACGUACAUCGGCAUCCUAUCGUGGCGGCAGCACGCCGCCGGCGCGGACCGCAGCUGGUCGACGAUCUUCCACGAGCCGUCGGGGGCGGACGCGACGAUCGUAUUCAGCGUGUUCCUGCUGGUGUGCUGUAGCGGCGGGCUGAAAGCGCUCACGCUCGGGCUCUCACUGUACCUAAUCCACUGUUUCCGGCAACUGGAGGUGUUGCCACCAGACCACAACCCGUUCGUGGCGGACGAGGACCCGCGGCUCGCAGUAAACGAGAAAUCGCAGCGAUGGAGCACCAGCACCCGCGAGUCGGAGGCUCCGCUCGGCCGCAAAGUCCCCUUCGCCGCUACCCGUGCUGCACCGAACAAACAUACCUACCAGACGCUGGAUAUCGACAGCAUCGACUUUGGCGAGAGCCGCGCGCGGAAGGAGGUGCUGGGCGCGGGGUACGGGCAGGCCGAGCAGCGCGAGGAGGAUCGCCCCGAAUCCCCCGCUUCCUCAACCACCGCUCCGAGCCUGAAACGCGGAUCGAGAGUCGUCAGGCCAUUGUCGAUCUCGAGCAUGCCGGGAAAACCAAUGGGGCUCAAGAAGAAUGCUUAUAUACCCCCGCCGCCGUCGGACGAUGAGGGAGACGUUAGUGUCCCCAUUGGCGGUUGGGCUGGCACAGGCGGAUCCGGCGUGCAGGGUUAUAGUAAGGCUGCGCUCUUGCAGAAGCCCGAGGCCAGGCUGAGGACUGUGUCGGGGGAGGCGCAUUGAUGUUACGUGGUCUAAUAGGUCCUGUUCUGUCUAAUGAUUGUAUGAGAGUGUGUGUGUACUUGUGUGCUUGAAUCUCAUUUUUUGUGUCCGCACAGUGGGAUCUGUUUUUUUACUUACGGGCUAUGAUCGAUCGAUACCAUUGGAGUUUUCUCAUGUAUGCUACUAUGCUUUGGUUUUGGGGGCGCGGAUUGGGGAUUGGGGGGUUGUAUGUACACGUAGGGGUUGGAUAUGGGUAUGGGUGUGUGUGAAUGGCAUGAAAUGAUGGGUAAUACGAUAAGGCAACAUGGCUAAGAACUAAGAUCGGAAGUGAUAUGGUGAUAUGGUG